UGACUGAGAUUAAACAAUCCCACCUGAAGCUCCGUGUAUCUGUUGUGGAGCUGGAUUAUAAUCAUGUGAUCUUCAUGAGCAGGUGGAGUUUGACCAGGUGACAUGAAGGAAAAGCACCAAAACUGAGACUGUUUAAAUAAACGGUCUCAUAAUUGAUAUCCUGUGUUCACUGCCAUUUUUAUUUUGUUUGUUUUAAAAGGGAAAAUGUUUUUAUGAUCAAUAAGAACACCUCCAACAUUGGUAGUUUUAUUUUAGUGCGCAUAUAUUUUAUUUUCAUAAGUAACCUUAUUUGAGGAAACCUGCUCCUGCUCAUGAUAAUGGACCACAGAGUGAAAAGCUUGAUAAACUGGAUCCCUCUGAUGUUGUCCUGUAUCGAUACACGCGCACUUUAAUGGCGGCUGUAUUGACUUCCUGGGAUAAAAGAUUUAAAAAAACAAAAAAACAAACAUCAUGUACGAACUAACUCCGGCCGUCAUUUACAACUAAACAGGAGUGUAAGCUGCUCAGGUGAAAAAUCGAGAUAAUGGUGCGGAGUUUGGCGCACAGUGGAUAUGUUGCGUGAGUGAGUGUGUGUGUGUGUGUGUGUGCGUGUGUGUGUGUGUGUGGAGGUGGUGGGGGUGCCUGUGAGAUGGAGAGAGGCUUGUAGUUUAAAAUGCGAUGUGACAGCUCAGGAAAAGGAGGGGGGGGGAUGAUAAAGGCGCUGUUAUUGGAUCAAUCUGGCCCUGAAUGCCCCUGUAAAACACUUACACACGCGGUGCGGGAGCGCGCACGCAUGCACGCACAAGGCACGCACGAGUGAGAGACGGAGGGAAAGUUGGAGGAAAACGUGUUUCCUUACUAGAAAAAAAAAAUUUAUAAUAAUAAAAAAUAAAGCUCGCGGGUUUUAUUGGUGAGAUUUUUAAUGGAGUCACGCGGUUGUUUGCACGCGCCGCUCGAGCCUCGUCCUCGUUGUUUUGACAGGGCUGAAUUAAAGGAGCGCGCGAGGUGUAAUUAGCGAUCGAUCCGGAUAGACUCUCUCUCUCUCUCUCUCUCUCUCUCUCUCUCUCUCUCUCCCGUUACUCCAUUAACCGCGCCUCUGACGUCACGGGGCGAUUAACGUUUCUUAUUGGUCCCGCGAGCAGAUGGAGGAGUCCUAAUGAGCUGGCUCGCGGACGGAAGGAGCAGGGUUGACAUCUCGGCUGGACCGUAAACGUGAAUACCUCGCGCAGCCCCGCUCUGCUCUCUCCGCCGCCGCACACACACACCGUACCGUGGCCGCGGGAGACGACCGUCUGCCUGGGUUCCCUUCUCUCCCCCAUCCGCCGUCACCUCCUCCUCCUCCUCCUCCUCCUCCUCCUCCGCCUCCUCUUCCUCCUUCUCUUCCUCCUCUCCCUGACUUUUGUUUCUGUGACUGCAUGUUCAGCCACACUGCCUCCCUCUGCAUCUUCACUUCGGCCCCGCCGCAGCCCGGGCGAGCAUGGACAGUCGGGUACUCGAGCAUCCUCACGCCCAGUUCGGAGGCUCCUUGGGCGGGCUGGUGGGCUUCCCGUACCCGCUCGGUCCCCAUCACCACCACCACCACCAUCACCAGCACGUCUACGAGCUCGCCAGCGGGCACCAGCUGCAGUCCUCGGCCGCAGUCCCCUUCUCUAUAGACGGAUUACUUAACGGCUCCUGCUCGGCCUCGGUGGUCAGCUCCAACCCGCUGCUGUCGCCCGACAGCCAGCAGUUCAAACUCUCAGAUUCUGGGGACCCGGAUAAGGACAGUCCCGGUUGUAAACGGAGACGAACGAGGACCAACUUCACCGGGUGGCAGCUGGAGGAGCUCGAGAAGGCUUUCAACGAGAGUCACUAUCCAGAUGUGUUCAUGCGGGAGGCGCUCGCGCUCAGGCUCGACCUCGUGGAGUCCAGGGUUCAGGUGUGGUUCCAAAACCGACGAGCAAAAUGGAGGAAAAAGGAGAACACAAAGAAAGGGCCGGGCCGGCCUGCUCACAACUCCCACCCGACCACGUGCAGCGGCGAGCCCAUGGACCCCGAGGAGAUCGCCCGCCGGGAGCAGGAGCGCGCCGAGAAGAAGAAGCGGAAACAUGAGAGGAAGCUGCUGAAGUCGCAGAACAAACUGCUCACAGGUGACAAUUUCCACACACCUGGAGGCUCAGAGAGCGACAGCGGGGUCUCCCAGUUCACCGACAGCGAGCAGCAGCCAUCCAGCGUUAACGGGACUAUUCACAUCGAACUGCCAGCAACAAAGGGAGCAGGAGGACACCAAACCGAUUCCAGCUGUGACCAAACACGACACGACUUCAGCCAACUACAAAACCACCAAAACCAAAGAACCGCAGGAGAACCGGAGCAGGUUUCUCCAGGCAGCACGCACAGCUCCAGCCCUGGAGGCCCGAGGUCCUCUGCCCUGCAGAAACGCAACCCCUUCAGCGUGGAGAGCCUCCUCUCUGACGCCACGCCUCGACGCAAAUCUCAGCUGGACUUCCCCUCGUUGCCCAGUCAGAGGACUCUGGUGGGCAAAGGUCACUUCUUGCUUUACCCCAUUACCCAUCAGCCCUUGGGCUUUCUAGUGCCCCAAACAGCCCUGAAGGCCUCACCGUGUCAGGACAGCAGCAUUAACAGGCUCAGCCUGGGACAGAGGUGCGUGCCAAGUGAAGGGAGCCCCGCUCCCUCCGACCUCUCCAGCUUUGUCACUAAGCCUCUAAACCCGGAUCCUACGGAGCAUGACACGCAGCAUCACCACAAUCACAUUAGCAAUAGAGUGGAUGGAGCAGACGCGGAGGAGUGUGGUGGUGACUGCAGUAAUGGAAGAUUUCCUGUUUCUCCUCCGCCCAGCAGCGCGGCUCAGACGGCUCUGGCCCGGCUGAGCUCGGCGCAGUCCAGUGACAGUGGCGAGGAGAGGAGUUUGAAAGUUCGGACGGAGGCAGCGACCGGCGGCUGCCAAGUUUCCGAGCUGUGUGUAAAAGAGAAGGGUGCGAGAGAGGAGAGAGCGUCUCCAGACCUCUCCGAGCGUCUCGAGGCAAACACAGACUGUCAAGAAACACCCGGAACAGAUGGAGAGGAUGUCGAUAUGGACUAACACUUGCAAGGAGCAAACAUAAACAAAGGACCAGGAACAACCGCUCAGACUAUUCAAACAUUCCCAAAGCUCUGCUGAGACACUCUAAAACAUAUCAGGAAUCAGGAGACUUAAUUCUCAUCUAUUUUUUAAUCAUGAUGUGUGAUCAAUCCAGAUGGCCCCGAACAAAAAGCCGCGGCCGUCCUCAUAUUCAGGCUUUAGGCCUCGACACCUUUAGCAGCAGGUUCUUUCUCUCUUUUCUGGUGACCAACUUGUAACAACAACAAAAAAAACAAACAAAAAAAAAAACCCCUAGGCGACAAUAAAACAUCUUACACACAACAAAAAUCCUCAGAUAUUGUAAAGAAAGACGAGAAAAUGAUAUUUAUAUGUAAACAUUUUGAUAAAUAAAGUUAUUGUUUAAAUUGAA